CUAUUCCUUGAAUUCUUGCCAUUGUGAAAAGCAUAGAAGCGGAAGCAAGGAUUCAGAUUGUUCACCUGUUUUUAAACUCUGUGAGCAAAGAAAUGGGGUUUAGCUUGCAGAAAUGGAAAGUCUUUGAGCAAAAUCUUUGGGGAUUGUGUACAUUUGCUUGUGAGUAUGUGUCUAAGACUUUGCAUAACAGUAUACCGGUACUUCCCUUCAUCUUUUUUUUUUUAAAGUGGCUGAAAUCAUAAUAAAAAUGAAAGGAAAUUUAUCUUUUGCCUUCAGAAACCCUGCAUUUUGGCCAUGUUUCUUGUGCCUAAAACUGAUUGUCUUUUCAGGUGAAGGAACAGCUACUGGCAAUUAUGGCUAUGCCAAUAGUGGAUACAGUGUAUACGAGGAAGAAAAUGAAAGGUUAACUGAAAGUUUGCGUUCAAAAGUCACUGCCAUAAAAUCACUUUCUAUUGAAAUUGGAACAGAAGUAAAACAACAAAAUAAAAUGCUUGGUGAAAUGGAUGAUGAUUUUGAUUCAACAGGUGGAUUUCUUGGUGCGACAAUGGGUAGACUAAAAAAUCUUUCCAGAGGAAGCCAAACAAAACUCUUGUGCUACAUGAUGCUCUUUUCGUUGUUUGUCUUUUUUGUAAUUUACUGGGUUAUUAAAUUGAGGUGAUGCAGAUUCUCCAUGCUGACAUUAUAAUUAGGGGCACCAGACAUGUAGAAAGGUCUUCCCAAAAAAUGGGAAACUAUUUUUUUUGUGUAAACGUUAUUAAUGCAUCUGGGACUGAUCUCUGAAUUUCGUAAUGUUUAUCAGGCUAGAAAACUUUCUGUUAAAUCAACCUUUAUUUUCUCAGGUUCUUACAUUGAAUUCUGUUCAGGUCUGAGCAUUCUUAAAGACAACAAUAGCUACUAGUCAGGAGAUGUUUCUAUAAAGAAGUGGCCAACCUAUGGCA